UUUCAGUCGCUCGGUCUCAGUGAGCCGGCAGUCUCCAUCAACGGCAGAGCCCUGCGGUUUUGGCCCCCCUUGCCAUCGGAGCGAAGUGAUUCUUUUGCGCGCCCCGCUUCCUUGCCAGCAUCAUGACCGACGCGGCCGUUUCUUUCCUGAAAGAUUUCCUGGCGGGCGGAGUGGCCGCCGCCAUCUCCAAAACGGCGGUGGCCCCCAUCGAGAGGGUCAAGCUGCUUCUGCAGGUGCAACAUGCAAGCAAGCAGAUCGCAGCAGAUAAGCAGUACAAGGGUAUCAUUGACUGUGUGGUCCGGAUCCCCAAGGAGCAGGGCUUCGUGUCUUUCUGGCGUGGCAACUUGGCCAACGUUAUCAGAUACUUCCCCACUCAGGCCCUCAACUUUGCUUUCAAAGACAAAUACAAGCAGAUCUUCUUGGGUGGAGUCGACAAAAGAACCCAGUUUUGGCGUUAUUUUGCUGGCAACUUGGCAUCUGGUGGUGCUGCUGGUGCUACCUCCCUAUGCUUCGUCUACCCUCUUGACUUUGCCCGAACACGUCUGGCAGCUGAUGUGGGGAAAGCUGGGGCUGACCGUGAAUUCAAGGGGCUUGGAGACUGCCUGGUCAAGAUCUUCAAGUCUGAUGGCCUUCGGGGGCUGUACCAAGGCUUCAAUGUGUCUGUCCAGGGCAUCAUUAUCUACAGAGCAGCUUAUUUUGGCAUCUAUGAUACCGCAAAGGGGAUGCUUCCUGAUCCAAAGAAUACCCACAUCUUGAUCAGCUGGAUGAUUGCUCAGACGGUUACUGCUGUUGCUGGCCUGACCUCCUAUCCCUUUGAUACAGUCCGGCGGCGUAUGAUGAUGCAGUCUGGGCGCAAAGGUGCUGACAUCAUGUAUUCUGGUACGAUUGACUGCUGGCGGAAGAUUGCCCGUGACGAAGGGUCAAAAGCUUUCUUCAAGGGUGCAUGGUCCAAUGUCCUCAGAGGAAUGGGGGGUGCUUUUGUCCUAGUCUUGUAUGAUGAAAUCAAGAAAUACACAUAAGCUAUUUCCUGCUAUGGAUGGCGCCUAUUGUGUAACAUUCAUGGACUAUAUCAAAACUAUUUAUCCGUCUCCCACCAAGGUUUAUACUGGUUGGUAAAGGGGCCACAGUUCUGCUUGCCUGACCUGUUAACAAGUCAUUCCCCUGACAAUGGGACUCAAACUUUAUUUUUAUUCAGCCACUCCUGUUUAAAUAAGUUUGAGGAAAAUAAAACACCAAAAAACAUGGAACAAUG